AUGACCUUGCCUUCGUUUUCGAACAUCGAAAAGAUGCAGUUUGAGAAAUUGCAGACCUUGGUGAGCAACAUGAGCUGCAAUGAAGAGCAGUCAGCAAAGGUUGCAGAAGUGGUGGGGAAAUUGAAGCAUUUCCAAAAAAAACAUGUCGAAGCACUCUUGGAGCUUCUGGCCAAGCAAUGCUUGGAGGUGAUUCCAGACAAACUGGUCAAACCUAUCAGAGGGCCUUCUGGCGAGGGCCAAGACUAUGGAAGUCUUCAUCGCUACCUCACCAAAAAAGUGUGGAAGGAGCUGCAAGCACCAGACCUCUGCAGCAGAUGCCAUGCUUUGUGCCGCCUCGCUUCAGCCCUUGGUUUGCGGAGCCCGCCUGAAAGAAAUUUGGGGACGAUGAUCUGCCUCAUGCAUUGGAAAGAAUGGAAUGAUGGAAUGCCAUCAUCGAUGGAGAAGUAUCAAACGUUGCAGGCUGAUAAGCCUUUGACCAGAGCGGUGCUGAAGGAGUACACAUCUAUGAAGCAGCUGAAAGAUCCCAUGGACCAGUUGCCGCCUGUUCCUGCGGACCUACCAGCCUCGCAUGCAAUGGUCUACACGGAAGAGAUUCUGGUUGGCAAAGAGUGCUUUGAGUGGGGGAAGCCAUUGAUUCCUUGUGCAAAGUUGGAGGAGACUGUGCGCACCUACCCUCUACGCAGAUCAGCUGUUGGUGUGAACCCAAGAUGUGGAAAUGUUUCCAAAAAUGCGUGCACACCUUGGUUUAGUGAGCAAGCUUCUGCAAAGCUUUUACCUCUCGAGGAUUUGAAGAAUGACUCCCAGGAAUCCAUGGAAUCGAGUUUUUCUCUACCUGAGGAAACGUUGUCUGUGGAGGAUUCUGUGGAGCUAUCCGCGCUUGUGCCUGUCAGCAUGCCUGAACCUGUGAGCAUGCCUGUGCCUGUCAGCACGCCUGAAGCUGUGAGCAUGCCUGUGCCUGUCAGCAAGCCUGUGCCUGUGAGCAAGCCUAUGCCUGCGAGCAAGCCUGCCAGGAGUGUUGCUGAUACCUUGAAGUCUUUGAAGGAAGCCUAUAUGAAGGACAACAUCAAAAGGGAUGCGGAAAAGAAGGAAGAUCCUGAAGAGAUUGCGGUGCAGAAGCAAGAGGAGAACCCAGCUGGUGUCAAGAAACAACAAAAGAAGCCAGCUGGAAACCGAGACAACAAGCCUGGAGACAACAAGGCUGGAGACAAGAAGACUGGUGUCAAGAAGGUGAAGGACGUCUGUCGGCAGAAGAAAAGAGAAAAACCUCCUCUCAAAAUGGAUAGGAAGAAUGUGUGCAGCAGGGCAUACCACAAGGAGCUCAAGGAAAAGUUGAAAACUAUGAAAAAGGACGAAGCCAAACACUAUGCCCGGUUGGCUCACCAGAAGGAACAGCCAGACAACCAACAGGGUCUCUUUGGAGACUCCAUGGACUUGACACAGAACACCAUGCCACCUGAGUCCAUUGCAGAUACCGUGGAAAUUCAUGACACAGGGGUUAAUGGCACGGAGAGGAAGACCACCGAGGAAGUGGAACAGAAGGAGGAAGUGGAACAGAAGGUCGAGAAGGACUUGAAGAACAUUGUCCCGUUGAAGGUCAAUCCCAAUGCCUCUGUGGAGGAAAUGGCGUUCCAGGACUUGCAAUUCAAACGCUUGCAGGUCCACUACUGCAAGCAUUGCAAGGAAGUGGUUGACACAGAGAACCCGGAAAAGCAGCGGGCAGUCAAGAAAAAGAAGCACGUUCAGAUGGCAUGCAAGCAAUGUCACAACUUGGUCACCCAGAUGUAUAAGAACUGGGACAUGAAGCAGCUCAGCUUGAAGAAUAUGUCUGAAGAAGAGACUACGCAGUUUUUCAAGGACGCAAAGACUUUCUGUGGUGGCUCUUUCGCCAAGGGCAAGGUCAGAGCAUUGUUGGAGAAGAAGCUAAUCCAAUAUGAGACCAACCAGGUGGAAACAAAGGUCAGAGGAAAAUUUCUACCCUUAUCGGUAUAUGCGAAAAAAGGCUACAAUACAGAACACAUCGAAGCAAAGGCAGAGCGCAUGAAGAGCGACAUGUUUGGUUACGUCUACCGAGUCCCUGUGCUUGAAGUGAACUAUGCCCACAUAGAACAAGAAGUUCGGGAGACUUUGUUGAGGGCAGAGCGGAAGAUUGCGCCUGGAAAACGCAAGAAGGGAGAUCAGGAGAAAGAUGAAGACGAAUGUGAGCAGGACUACAUGAGUAUUAGCUCGGACGAUGACAAACCCAAGGUCGUGUAUGUGCAGGGUGGUCCCAAAGGGAAAGCAAAGGCAGCCCCGAAGAAAGCUGCAAAGCCUGAUUUGACCGAGGAGGAGCUCAAGACACUGAAGGAGGAGAAUGCCAAGGUCAACAAACUCUGCAAGAAGGUGCAGACCAUGUUGGAGCCGGUGCUCAAGCAGUGCAACAAGCCUUCGAAGGCACAGGCAGCGCCCAAGAGCUUCCAUGACCAGAUCUGGGCUGCCAAGGAGAUCGUUAAGGGUGCCAAGAAGAUUCAGGAGAAGUACAAGGGCAGGACCUGGGAGGCUUUGACUUUCGAUCACACGUUCGAAGUGGCGAAAGACUUGAAGGAAUCAUUGCUUAAGGGUUGCAAGUGCAUUGACUCAGUGGAGAGCAUGAUGAAUGGAGGAUUCGAUGAGGAGCUGAUCAAGUCCAUGGCAGAAAGUGCUUCUGAGAAGAGAAAGGAAAUCCAGAAGCGUGCUGACAAGGCUGAGGACGUGAGCUGA